AUGGGGAUUCCGGAGCUUUCUGGGCCUGCAGAGCUGUACUACGACGAGGAGCAGUCCCUGAGGUACACGCAGAACAGCCGAAUAGUUUACAUCCAGAAGGAGCUUACACAAAGGUGCCUUGAACUGCUUGAUGCAAAGGACGGGGGAUUGGUUCUAGACGUUGGGUGUGGGUCUGGGCUUAGCGGAUCUGUUCUUAGCGAGAGCGGCUACCCAUGGAUCGGUGUUGACAUAAGCAUGGAAAUGCUGAAGCUGGGGAUGGAGAGAAUGGAAGGGGCUGGGUACAUAAGGAUGGACAUGGGGGAAGGGCUACAAUUCCAACCCGGGACGUUUGAUGGGGUGAUUAGUGUCAGUGCAGUCCAAUGGUUAUUCCAUUCAUACUCAUCUGGCGACCACCCUGUGCGCAGGAUCAGGACGUUUUUUACGACUCUCUACUCUGUCUGCAAGCCUGAUGCCCGGUGCGUGCUUCAGUUCUAUCUGAAAAGCCAGGGCCAGAUCGAGAUGCUGAAGAGUGAAGCGAUCAGAGCAGGAUUUGGAGGCGGAGUACAGAUAGACAAUGAGGGGACGAGGAAUGUCAAGAGCUUUCUGGUGCUUACGCUGAGCGGAGGGGCGAGGAUCAAGAAAGAGAAGAAGAGGGGGACGGGACGGAUAGAUAGGAUUCUCCGAAGAAAGGAAAAGCUGAGGCUCCGAGGGGUGUGUGUGCCCAGAGACACCAAGUAUACUGGUAAGAGAAGGUCCAAGAGAUAA